AUGAAUUUAGAAGAGGAGCUACUUUUUUUAGAGCCACCACCAAUAGCCAAUUUAAUUAAUAGUAGACAUUUAAAUUUAUUACAACCAUUCCCAUUGCCAACAGUGAAUAAUGAUCAAAAUAAUAAUAAUCAAAAAAAUAAUAAUAAUAAUAAUAAUAAUAAUAAUAAUAAUAAUAAUAAUAAUAAUAAAAAUAAUAAUAAUAAUUAA